AUGAUGGAAACUUCUAGAGGAAAACCAAUACUUGAACAUCAAGGUUAUAUAUAUAUUAUAAAUAAAAAAUCAAAUAACAACAAAAUAAUAUGGUGCUGUCGUAAUUAUCGUCAUAAUCAAUGUCGCGGUCGACUUCAUACAAUUGAUGAUCAAGUUGUACUUACAGUUGGUGAACAUAACCAUGAGCCAUCUCAUUUACCAGGUGAAGUAAUUGCAUCACGUACAAAAAUGAAUGAUGCAGCUAAACAAACUGGCCAAUCAACACAUGAUAUUGUGGCUGAUUGUGUAUCAAGAUUAUCUGAUCAUGCAAUUUCAACACUACCAAAUUUACAGCACGUUAAACGUACUGUUCAACGAAUUCGUCGAAGACAUCAAAACCCAUUAUCAUUACCAGUAAAUCGUGAUUCGCUUGUUAUUGAUACACAAUAUAUAAAAACAGCUCGUGGUCGAACAUUUUUACAAUUCGAUUCUGGUCCGAUUGAUCAACGAAUAUUAAUAUUUUCAACCAAAAAACAAUUAAAAAUGUUAAAAAAUGCAAAUUAUAUAUAUUUAGAUGGAACAUUAUCAUCAAUAAAAUCUCUCUUUUGCUAUUGUUGUAUUCAAGUAUUGACUUAA